UGGGCGCCUGCCAGAGGUGUCUGUGGUGUUACAGUACCUGGCCUUGGUUCUUCUGUCAGCUCCUCUGAUGGUACAGCCUGUCUGUGCCACUGCUGCUGCCACGGGGACACAAGCUGCACACACUAGCACAGACACAGAAGGAGAACAGACUGCAAGUCAGACAGACGGAAAUACGCACUAACGGAAGGUAACGCACACCACCAUGGGCUGCUGUAACAGAAGGUGCGGGCUGAUAGCCGGAGCUGUGUUUGGGGCGGUGGUUGCCAUCCUGGGAGGCAUCCUUAUCCCGCUGGGAAACAGCGUCAUUGAGGGAACAGUGAAAAAGGAAGCUGUCAUUGAGCCUGGAACGACAGCUUAUGACAACUGGGUGUCUACAGGGGGAAUAGUGUACAGGCAGUUCUGGUUUUUUGACGUGCAAAACGCCCAGGAGGUUAUACAGAAUGGAGCAAGUCCAAUGGUUGUGGAAAAAGGACCUUAUACAUACAGGACGAGAUAUCUUGCCAAAGAGAACAUCACAUUCCAUCCCAAUCAAACUGUCUCCUUCCUGCUGCCUCUGGGCGCCAUCUUUGAGCCAUCCAUGUCAGUGGGAUCAGAUGAAGACAAAGUCACUACCCUCAACCUGGCUGUGGCUGGAGCUUAUUCACUGAUUCCAGAAGUGUUACAUGGUGUACUGGAAAAUCGGAUAAAGUCAAGCAACUCCUCCUUGUUCCAGAAGCGUACAGUCAACGAAUUGCUGUGGGGUUACAUAGACCCCAUGUUGAAAGAUAAUGUGGGCCUAUUUGCACCUUACAACGGUACAUAUGAUGGCUACUACAAUGUCUACACUGGAAAGGAGGACAUCUCAAAAGUGGGAACAAUUGACCUGUGGCAAGGACAUAGGAGCUUACGUUUUUGGAACGAUACGUACUGUGACAUGAUCAACGGGACAGAUGCUUCUUCAUUCGCUCCCUUUGUGGACAAGAAGAAGCCUCUCUAUUUCUUCUCAUCAGACAUCUGCAGGUCUGUGUCAGCUGGCUUUGAGGAGAGCAUGGAUCUAAAAGGGAUUGAAGUGUACCGCUACACCCUCCAGCCAAACACCCUGGCCUCCCCUAUGGAAAACCCAGACAACCAAUGUUACUGCAAAAACUUUAAGACCACCAGGAAUUGCACCUUGGCUGGAGUACUGGACGUCAGCGUCUGUAAAGGCGGUCAACCUGUCUACAUCUCUCUGCCCCACUUCCUCCAUGGCAGUCCGUACCUAAGAGAGGAUGUGCGAGGCCUCAAUCCCAGCGAGGAGCACCAUGCCACCUUCCUGGAUGUGGAACCUACAACUGGGUUCACCUUGAGGUUUGCUAAGAGAAUUCAAGCAAAUAUGCUGUAUGGACCAUCAAAGGUCAUCACGGUGCUUAAGAAAGUCAAGGAUUAUACCAUAUUCCCUAUUGUUUGGCUGAAUGAGACGGCUGCGUUGGACGACGAAACAGCAGACAUGUUUAAGAAGGAACUCAUCUUCCGUAUCGAGAUGUUGGAUAUUAUACAGAAGGCGCUUAUUGGCACAGGUGUGUGCAUUUUCAUCCUGUGUCUCAUCUCCUACUGCGUGGUGAGGAGAAGUGAUAACCGAAGCAAGCUUGGGUAAAAGAAUCAUGCAGAAGUGUCUGUGUGUGUGAGUUGCAGAGCACAGUGCAUUUAGGCUGCUACGGGACAUCAACCCUUUUGAUAUAGACUUGCACUUUUUGGUAAUUUCAGUGUUAUUUAUAAUAUCAUGCUUCCUUUGAUACCAGGGAGGGGCAAUACUGUGAUUUUGUAAAGCUCAAGAGAUUUGCCAUAUAUUAUUUCAAUUGCAAACACUAACAUUACCUGAAUCAGGGAUCUUUAGAGGGAGACCAGAUGGAGACUCCUCUUGAAAGGUCAGGUUAUUAAUCUACACAGAGGAGAGAUUGUUUGACAUCCUUUAAAAGAAAUGUACAUGAAUAUAAUCCUUUGCUGAACUAGUGUCUUCAAAAUGAAUAAAGGCUGAAAAGGCA